AUGUAUGAGUUGCCGAUCAAGUUUGACACCCGGGUCUUGUGUGCUCAAGCCAUAAGCAGUAAAAUAUUUUUGUUUGGAACAUUAUCCAGUGUACUCUAUGCUUAUGACAUAGAAUCAAGACAACGAUUGUGGGAGUUACGUGUUCAUGAUGCAGUACUUUGCUUAAACUUCCUCCAUAAAGAAAAAGAUCUUACAGUUUUCGCUGGUUUGGCUGAUGGAAAUUUAGCUGUCAUUGAGGGUGUAUCAAAUAAACCAAUUAAUCAGGUGGACAUUUUGUAUACAUCAAUAAACUCAGCCCCUGUGACUGCACUUCUUAUAACAGGAACCAAUCUCUGGUGUGCUUCAGCCAAUCGGAUCUUUGUUUUGUCAGCCCUGACAUUGGAUUCCGUAUGCACCUUUAUGCUUUCAAAGAAUCCGUAUGAUGUGGUCCGUUGCAUGAAAUCAUCUGAGCAUGGAAUAUGGAUCACCGUGAAAGGAUCAUCUUCUAUUGAACUUUGGGAUCCUGUAUCUAUGACCUGUAAAAUGAAAUAUGACAUCAAAACAGGACAGUACCCAUAUCCACAAGAGGAUGAAGAACACCUAAAUAUGCAAAGAGUGACAUGGCUCCUUCCACACCGAGAUGUUCUUUGGAUUUCUGACCGACCUAUUGGAUGCUUGCUAGAAACAAUAAUUGAUGAAAAACCUCUGAUUCUGAGUUUUAGUGGUUUCUAUGGUGAUGAUGAACCAGUUUUGCAAUGGACUCAGGAAUCAAGUGAUAAAAUGUGGACCAAUGAGCCCUUGCAAGAAAUCUGUCCAAUUACAAAAGUUGCCAAACCAUAUAGUUAUAUGAAGAAUUACUACCAAAUAAACAAACGAGCUUCCUCCAACAGCCAAGAAAGACGAGACUCCAUUUUCAACCAAUACCAAUCUCUGUGCCGAAGGUUAAGCAAAACUUUUUAA